GCGGCGGUGACCAUUGCCGGAAGCGCCCGUUGGUAACAGACCUGGUUGUGGUGUAGGGUCUGUACGGUUCCGUUGAGGGGCAUAAGUUGCCGGAACGGGUGGCUUCACCGAGGCCAGCUGCCAUCGUGAUGGAGGAAGUGCAGAAGCACUCUGUCCACACUCUUGUAUUCAGGUCUUUAAAGAGGACUCAUGAUAUGUUUGUGUCUGACAAUGCAAAACCUGUAUCAUUAGAUGAAAGGAGCCACAAAGUUAAGAUGGCAGUUAAACUCCGUACAGAGUAUAGUUCUGUGCUACAUAUGCCUAUAUUGAAAGAAUGUGUUCGAGAGAAGGGUUCUCAUGGUGUAGUAGAUUCCUAUGGACACAAGCAAUAUCUCCAAAAUCCAGGAGAAGAUAGUGAUUAUUUGAUAACAGGAACACAUCCCUAUCCUCCUGGACCCGGCGUGGCUCUGACUGCAGACACUAAAAUCCAAAGGAUGCCUAGUGAAUCAGCAUCUCAGUCAUUAGCUGUGGCACUGCCUCCUUCUCAAUCCAAAAUAGAAUCAAGUAGAACUGCUGCUGGCGUAGGUGAUAUAUAUAGACAUGCUGGGAUGCCUGAGCGUUCACAGCCUCCAGGUUUGACUAUGGCUCUGAUGGAAGCUGGUGGGAAUAAAAAUUCUGCAUUAAUGGCCAAAAAGGCUCCAACAAUGCCAAAACCACAGUGGCAUCCACCAUGGAAGCUAUACAGAGUUAUCAGUGGACAUUUGGGAUGGGUGAGAUGUAUUGCAGUUGAACCAGGAAAUCAGUGGUUUGUUACUGGCUCUGCUGACAGGACUAUAAAGAUUUGGGAUCUUGCAAGUGGCAAAUUAAAACUGUCUUUAACAGGACAUAUUAGUACAGUUCGAGGUGUAAUAGUCAGUGGAAGAAGUCCUUAUCUUUUCUCAUGUGGGGAAGAUAAACAGGUGAAAUGCUGGGAUCUUGAAUAUAAUAAGGUUAUUAGGCACUACCAUGGCCACCUUAGUGCUGUGUAUGGUUUGGAUUUGCAUCCAACAAUAGAUGUGCUUGUAACUUGCAGCAGAGAUUCAACAGCCCGUAUCUGGGAUGUAAGAACAAAAGCUGGUGUGCAUACAUUGUCAGGACACACGAAUGCUGUGGCAACAGUGAAGUGCCAAGCAGCAGAGCCACAGAUUAUCACAGGAAGUCAUGACACCACCAUACGUCUCUGGGACUUGGUAGCAGGAAAAACACGGGUCACGUUAACAAAUCACAAGAAAUCGGUUAGAGCAGUUGUCUUGCAUCCAAGACAAUACACAUUUGCAUCUGGGUCUCCAGAUAACAUAAAACAGUGGAAAUUCCCUGAUGGAAAUUUCAUCCAAAACCUUUCUGGCCAUAGUGCAAUUAUCAAUACGUUGGCUGUGAACUCAGAUGGAGUCCUGGUUUCUGGAGCUGACAAUGGUACAAUGCACCUUUGGGAUUGGAGAACUGGGUACAACUUCCAGAGGGUGCAUGCAGCUGUGCAGCCUGGCUCUUUGGACAGUGAAUCUGGAAUAUUUGCUUGUGCAUUUGACCAAUCUGAAAGCAGACUUCUUACAGCUGAAGCUGAUAAAACUAUAAAAGUCUACAAAGAAGAUGAUUCUGCGACUGAAGAAACUCAUCCUGUUAGCUGGAAACCUGAAAUCAUCAAGAGAAAACGAUUUUAAUAAGACCAAACCUCCAUUGAUGUGCCAUAAUCCUGACUCUUUAUUACAUAGCCCAAGCACUGCUAAAGCCAUUGCUUCUGUUUGCAGUUUUUAUGUUUUGUAUUGCUUUCUUCUAGGAGUUUUAUCUUUUCUCUUAUCUUAGAAAAAUCAGCUACAAUUAUUAUACAUGUCUGAAGAAAUCAGAGUACAUUACAUAGCAGUAGCAAACCAUGAAAUGUUUGCAUGUCUUUCUGUGUGGACGGAAGGCAGUGCUCUUUUCUUUCUGCUUUCUUUGAUGAAGAAGUAAUGUUUGAAAUUUUGAUGAUUUUUUUUUUUUUAAGAAAAAUACUGAUAUAGUACUCCGUCCUGGGACCCUGAGUGGUAAAAUUGUCAAGGGAAAACAAAAGCCAUUGUAGUAAUGAUUCACGUCCUUAAUACAAUGUGCUGCUUGUCAAGAUGUAAUGCAAUACAUUUCAUUUCCCCUAAAGUAGAAGACUUGAACUGCAGUCUCACAUGUUGAACAUGCAUCAUUCUGCUUGAGUCAUGGUUCUAUUUUUGCCUAUCCCAUAUUGGAAUCAUCAUUAAAAUUUUAUUGACACAGCCUUUGUAAAAAAUAAUUUGAUGCUUGUCUCUUCCAUUUUUACAUACAUAUUUAUGAAAGCUUAAAAACAAAGUGAAGGUAAUACAUUGGAAAGAAUAUAGAAUACAUUUCAGAAAUCGCAUACAGUGUGCUUUUCAGCUGAAAUGAAAUACCCUUGUAUAUGGGUGGAUUUUGCUUAAAUAUAGUGGCAAAGUGUUCCUUAUUUUGGUUUGUGAGUGCGGCCCUUCAACAACAUUGAAACUUCCGUCUGGGUAGUAUGACCUCCAUCGCUUUUCAGAAACUUCUGUUAGGAGGGACUGGAAAAGUCAUUGUCCAUCUUUUUCUUUCUGUUUUGGAUUUUGCUUAUUGCUUCAAGAAUUUGUCUAACAUGAAUUGAAAUCCUUAGCUUUUUCUCCCUCUCCUUAAGUUUCAUGGUGAAUUGUAAAGAAGACAAUUUGGAUAUAAAUGAUAUAAUGUCUUCACUUAAACUUUCUAAAAAAUGUUUGAAGUAUGUAUUAUAUGUAUGCUUGUAUUUGUUCACAUGUAAUAUUGUCAGUAGCAUGCUUGAUUUGUUACUGUUAUCGAUGUAAUUUCCAUAUAACACCUGAGGCUAUUGAGGAUUUAAGUUUUGAUGAAAAUAUGCAAUUGCUGUAGAAAGCUUUUGUUACAAAGAUCAUAUAUGUUACAAGUGUGUGAUAAUACAUUUUAAGUACCUGAAAAA